AUGGCGGAUAAGGUGUCAAUCACAAUAUGCGGGGAUGGUGGAUGCGGAAAGUCGUCGAUCACACUGCGCCUAGUACGCAGUCAAUGGAUUCACGAAUAUGAUCCUACAAUAGAGGACUCAUACUCCGUCACCCGCAACAUCGACGGCAGCGAUUACUUCCUCUCCAUCACUGACACAGCCGGCCAAGAAGAGUACCGCGGGGUAUGGGAAUCCUCGAACCUAAAAUCCGAUGCCUUCCUACUCGUCUACGACAUCACGAGCGCGCAAAGCCUCGAAGCGCUGGACUACUUCAUGGACAUAAUAGAGAUUGAAACCGACCAACGAGCCGAAGACAGCCAGCGCUUAUUACGCGAACUCGGCCCAGGCGAGUCUCGCGGCGUGCAGGUCGGCAUGCCACCGCCCGUCAAGAUUGUGGCUGGGAAUAAAUGCGAUUUGAAAGAUUCGCGCGUCAUCUCGGCGCGAGACGGCCUCGAGUAUGCGCGUAAACAUGGCUGUGGGUUUAUGGAGACGAGUGCGCGGGAGAUGGUCAAUAUCGAAGAGACUUUUGCACUUAUUGUUCGCCGCGUGAUUGAGGCUAGGAGACAGCAUUAUCUCGCGCAACAACCGGUCCCUCGUAUGGGUUCGUCGACGGCACGCACACCAGCAUUGACGGUGGGCGAGAAGAGUGCGAGUGAAAGUAACGACAACUUUCUGAAUGGUGGGCGUUGGCAGGGCAAGUUGUUUGGCUUCAAGAAGACGAGUAGUGCUGGGAAAAGGGUAUCGUUUAUGGAUACCAGUGAGAAGAGUCAAGAUGAGCCUAAAGAUGAGCCCAAAUACGAGGGUAAAAGUAUUCAUGUUUGGUACAGGCGGCUGCUAUGUCGAUGA